AUGCAGGGAGGUGAGAGGGAGUCUGAAGAAACGGAGAAUGUCCGCCGACGCCGAGGACGAGGCGACUUUGUUCGGGAUGUUCGACGCGCCAGAAGGCCAAGCGGCAGAGGCGAGCCUGUGCCAGGCCUCGUAGACGAAGGAGGAGAGCGUCCCUUCGGGCCGUGGAGCUCCGCAGACACCACGAAGACGCGGAGAGAGGUGGGCGUGUGGGGGCGGCAGACGCCGUCGCCCGCCGCCCUUCGAGUCAAGGCGGCGCGAGAGCAGGAGGCCACUCGCCAGAGGGAGGAAGUUCGCAUCCGAAGGGCGUCGAGAUUCCUGUCGGCGAAGGAGGUCCGCUUCCUGGAGGCGUCGGAGCAUCAGGUUCCUGGGCAGCGGCACUUACGGCGAGGCGAGGCUCGUCCGCUGGGGCGAGCAAGAGGCCGUGCUCAAGAAGGCCACCUAAUGCGGCGGCUACGAGGACCUCAAGGCGCGGGGGGUGCCCCCCUCCCCCUGGGGUUGUGCCGAGAGCCGGCAGCCAUGCUCAUCUCGUGCGCGGGCGCGAGCACGCUGGAGCAGGCCCUGCGCGGCCAGAGGUGGAACGAGGCCAAGGCGGUGGACGUCGCCGUGCAAUUGUGCCGCCGUGUGGACGAGAUCCACACCAAGGGCCUCAUCCACAACGACCUGAAGGCCGACAACGUCAUGCUGGACAAGGCGCUCGGCGUCUCCGUCAUCGACUUCGGCACGGCCACGCCCGAGGGCGGCGUCGUCGGCUACCAAACCGACGGCACCUUCAGGGGCGAGUGGCUGGCGCCGGAGCUUCUGAUCGGAGGAGCCAGCACCCGCGCCUCCGACGCCUACUCUGUCGGCUUCCUGCUUCGCUAG